GCUUUGGGACGGCGUGGGUUGGGAUUUGCAGAUGAGAGGAGUCUGGCGCCGCCGCCCCCCUCACCUAAAUACCCGGGCCCCUGGGGUUACAGGCAGGGGCGGGGCUUUGGGGCCAGAUUUGAGGAGGGGGGUCUACUGCGGUUUCCUCCCCCGAAGCCAUUCCCCAAAAUGAGCUUUUCCCGCCUGUCUGCCCUACCUCCUCCCCUCCUCCUGUUUCCAGGGGCCCCUGACCCAUUCUGGUUAUUUUUGUUUGUUUGUUUUUGUUUUUUUGAGACGGAGUUUUGCUCUUGUCACCCCGUGACCCAUUCUUUUUAUUCUUCUCUACAGCACCCAUUCAUAUAUUCAUUCAGUCAGCUAAUUUUUAAUCCAGCACAUACUAUUGCAAGCGCUAUUUUAGGCGUUGAGAAUACAACAGUGAACAAGACGACAAAAAUUCCUGCCCUCACGGAGCCUAAAAGCCUACAUUUUAGCAGAGGUAGAACGACCAUAAACAGUGUAUAUAUCAAUAAGUCACUUACGCACCAUAAUGGAAAGUGAUAAAGCGCUAUAGAGAAAAAGAAGAAUUCACGUAAAGCAAGGUAAGGCACAUCAGGAUUGGAAGGAGGGGAUAAGUUGCAAUCUUAAAUAAGGCUCUUAGUUAGAGUAGACCUCCUUGGGAAGAUGACAUAGAAGAAAACACUUGAAGGAGGCAAGAUUAUUAGCCAUGGAGAUCGCUUGAGGUGAAGGGAGCAGCCAAUGGAAAGGCCCUAAGAUGGAAGAGAAGGAAGGUCGGUGUGGCUGAAGAAGAUUGAGGGAGUGGGAGAAGAGUAGAAGGUGUUGAGAAUCACACAUCCUGUAGACUUGUGUGCCACUCUUAAGACUUCAGCUUUUAUUUUGAAUGAGCAGGAGAGGAAGUUAGAAGUAGUGGGCACAUUCAAUAGGGCCUUGCAUACCUCUGUAAGGACUUCAGCUUUUAUUCUAAGUAAGGUUGAGCCACUGGAGAGUUUUCAGCAGAAAGAUGAAAUGAUCCAACUCAAGUUGUAAACGGACCACUCAAACUGCUCUAUUAAGAAAGACAGGAGGAAGGCAAGGAUUGAAGAAAGGAGACCAGUUAGAAGGCUACCACAGUAAUGGAAAGGAGGGGAGAUAGCAGGUGACGGUGGCUCAGAAAAAGGUGGUAGCAAUAGAGAUUGUAUUCUAGAUAUGUUCACAUUUUCAGUUUGUCUUCCUGCCUCAGGUUCUCAGUGACUCCCUAUUUUUUUCUGUGGUCACAUUCCUCUUUUCCCUUCACCAAAUAUGCAAGGAAACAAGAAGUGAGAUCACAGCUGGUUUAGUGUUGCUAAUGAAACCCAAAUCCAGGGCAGUGUUUGACACAUUAAGCCAAACAGCAGCUGCCCUGUGGGUCAGAAGGGCCCUUUGGCUGGCACCACCAAAAUAUGUGUUCUCCAAAGGAGGCUGGCAUCAACUGGAGCCACUUCACGGCUUGUUUGAGAACUGGAUCUGACCAGUAGGAAGAAACCAGGACAGCAGUGGAAGACUGUUAAAGAAACCUGGGUAAAAAGAUGCAGGAGGUAAGAAGAGGAGGGUCUGUGAUAUAUCACAAGGAGGAAGAAGGAGAAGUGAGUCCAAGAAAGAAGGAAAGCAAUGUUGUGCUGUCAGAUGAGAGUUCAGGACCACCAAGCCAGCUGCUUUGGACCCCCCAGGAUACCCAGCUCCCUCAGGAAAGAGCUCUAUUACCUGCCCAGUAUCCUGCCUUCACUAAAGACGGAAGCCAAGGAAACCUGCUGCAAGCAGAUAUCACACUGAUGAGCCAGGCCCAAGAGUCAGUGACAUUCGAGGAUGUAGCUGUGAACUUCACUAACAGGGAGUGGCAGAGUCUGACCUAUGCUCAAAGGCAUCUCUAUAAGCAUGUGAUGUUGGAAAAUUAUGGGAACAUGGUAUCACUUGGAUUUCCAUUUCCUAAACCUCCUUUAAUCUCUCAUCUGGAGCGAGGAGUAGAGCCCUGUGUGCAGGAUCCACAGGACAGGGAGUCCCUAAGCUGCUCCUAUGCAGUGUCAACUGGUAAGAUGUGGCCUGAGAAUGAAAAGGCAAGUUCACAACAACAGAUUUUUGAAAAUGAAGAAGCCUACUGGAUGAAAUCUAACAGUCUCCUAAAAGUUGAUUCCCAGGAUCCUGAGGUUAGAGAAGUUUGUGUUCAGGAAGUCAAAUUAGAGAAUCAAUGGAAAACACCUAUAAGGGAGAAACUGAGAGAAGAGAAAGAAGGCUCUGAGGAAGUAACCUGCAAAAAAAGAAAGAACCAGAAGGUGCUUAGAAAAAACCCGAAUCCAAACUCAAAAUACAGUCGAUGUAAUAGUACAGCACAGAAACUCCAUGAAUGUGCCAGGUGUGGCAAAAACUUCAGUUGGCACUCAGAUCUAAUUCUCCAUAAGCAGAUUCAUUCUGCUGAGAAACCCCAUGUGUGUGAUGAGUGUGGGAAAGCAUUCAAGACCAGAAAUCAGCUUUCUGUGCACCAGAUAAUCCACACAGGGGAGAAACCUUUUAACUGCACCCAGUGUGGGAAGGCUUUCAACAGUAGAUCAGCUCUUUGCCGACAUAAAAAAACCCACAGUGGGGAGAAGCCUCACGAGUGCAGGGACUGUGGGAAGGCCUUCAAGACCAGGAACUGUCUGUGUAUGCAUCAGCUCAUCCACACUGGAGAAAAGCCUUACGAAUGUAACUGCUGUGGGAAGGCCUUCCAGUUUAAGCAUUCCCUUACCAUCCAUGGCAGAAUCCACACUGGAGAGAAGCCAUAUGAAUGUGAGGAGUGCGGGAAGGCCUUCAGCGGGAGUUCAGACCUCACCAAACACAUAAGAAUCCACACUGGGGAACGACCUUAUGAGUGCAGCGAGUGUGGAAGGGCCUUCAGUCGGAGCUCAGACCUAAGCAAGCACAAACGAAUCCAUAUUAGGGAGAAACACUAUGGGUGCCCCCAGUGUGGAAAAGACUUCAGCAUCAAGGCAGAACUCACCAAACACAGAAGGAUGCACACUGAAGAGAAACGUUACAGGUGUGAGGAGUGUGGGAAAGCCUUUCGUCAUAACUGUAAGCGCCGGGCUCAUGAACGAGAGCACACCGGAGAGAAGCCCUAUCAAUGCGGAGAUUGUGGGAAAACCUUCCAAGACCGGCACUGCCUUACCAUCCAUCAGAGAAUCCACACUGGAGAGAAACCUUACAAAUGUUUAGAGUGUGGGAAAGCUUUCGGUGGGAAGUCAAACUUGACCAAUCACCAAAGAAUUCACACUGGAGAGAAGCAUCACAAAUGUGAGGUAUGCGGAAUGGCCUUCCAUCAUAGUUCAGUCCUGAGGCAACACAAAAGAAUCCACACUGGUGAGAAGCCAUACACCUGCAGUGAGUGUGGCACGUCCUUCCGUCAGGGCUCAGCUCUGAUUGGACAUAAGCGAGUUCAUACUGGAGAGAAACCUUAUGAAUGUGAGGAGUGUGGAAAAGCUUUUAGAGUGAGCUCAAAUCUUACUGGACAUAAGAAAAGAAAACAUCAAGUAUGGAGAACCCAUGAACUUGAUGGGAGUAGGAAAUCCGUCUCGCCAGUAACUGUUUCUCAGACCUCAGCAGUUAGUAUUUUGACCAGUGCCUGAGUAUAACAAUUCUGGUGUUACUUUCUGUUUUUCCUACCUCGUAGGCUGGUCCUUCUGUCUCCUAUAUUAGUUAUUCCUGAUUUCCUGACCCUUAAUUGUGAGAUUCCCCAAAGACAUUGUCCUUUACCUUCUUAUUCAGUAUUUUUUCAGUGAGCACAUUUACUUCCAAGAGUUUAUCAAUCACUUCCUAAUAAUAAUAAACACUUAUUAGUGCUU